AUGGCGGCGAGCUACGCGUGCCGGCGUCCCUGCGAGUCUUGUAGCACGAGGGCGAUGGCGGGAAGUGUCGUCGGCCAGCCGGUGGCGCCGGGGCAGAGGGUGACGAUCCUCACCAUUGACGGUGGCGGCAUCCGGGGCCUCAUCCCAGGCACCAUCCUUGCCUUCCUCGAAGCCAGGCUGCAGGAGCUGGACGGGCCGGACGUGCGCCUGGCGGACUACUUCGACUGCAUCGCUGGGACGAGCACCGGCGGGCUCAUCACCGCCAUGAUCACCGCGCCCGGCAAGCACAGGCGCCCGCUCUUCGCCGCCAAGGACAUCAACCGCUUCUACCUCGAGAACGGCCCAUACAUUUUCCCCCAAAGGAGGAGCGCGCUCGCGGCUGUGAUCGCGUCGCUGCGGCGGCCGCGGUACAGCGGCAAGUACCUGCGCCGCAAGAUCAGGGACAUGUUGGGUGACACGAGGAUCUGCGACACGCUCACCGACGUCGUCAUCCCCACCUUCGAUGUCAAGCUCCUCCAGCCCAUCAUCUUCUCCACAUAUGACGCCAGGAGCAUGCCACUGAAGAACGCGCUGCUAGCCGAUGUCUGCAUCAGCACAUCCGCCGCUCCGACCUACCUCCCCGCCUACUACUUCCAGACCGCAGACGACAACGGCAAGACGCGCGAGUACAACCUCAUCGACGGCGGUGUCGCGGCCAACAAUCCGACGAUGGUUACGAUGACGCAGAUCACCAAGAAGAUGAUUUGCAAGGACAAGGAGGAGCUGUACCCGGUGAAGCCGUCGGACUGCGGCAAGUUCCUCGUGCUGUCCAUCGGGACGGGGUCGACGUCCGACCAGGGGCUGUACACGGCGGAGCAGUGCUCCCGGUGGGGCAUCAUCCGGUGGCUACGCAACAAGGGCAUGGCACCCAUCAUCGACAUCUUCAUGGCGGCCAGCUCGGACCUCGUGGACAUCCACGCCGCCGUGCUCUUCCAGUCGCUGCACAGCGACGGCAACUACCUCCGCAUCCAGGACAACUCGCUCCGGGGUCCGGCGGCCACGGUGGACGCCGCGACGCCCGAGAACAUGAGGGAGCUCGUCAGGAUCGGCGAGCGGAUGCUGGCUCAGCGUGUGUCGAGGGUGAACGUGGAGACGGGGAGGUACGAGGAGGUGCAGGGUGCCGGGAGCAACGCCGACGCGCUUGCCGGGUUCGCCAGGCAGCUCUCCGAAGAGAGGAAGACCAGGUUCGGGCGCCGGCGCAGGAGUACCAUGCGUGGGGCUAGCUGUUCGAGAUCCAGCUGCUGA